AUGCUUCAUCUCCGUCUAGUACCUUUGUUGUCGUUGGUCUUAAGCAUAUUGACUGCGGCAGAAGAUGCAUUCAAGACUAAAUGUCUCAAUUUCGGCAGUCGUAUCGAUCUUCCCAAUGUCACAGUGAAUUUUGCAUCCUAUGUUCCUGGUGGCACUAAUCUGUCACUGGCCGACAACCCUCCUUCCUGUGAUGCUAGUGCUCAGGAAGUAUUGACGGAUACAUGCCGUGUGGCAAUGGCAGUGGCUACGUCGAACAGGAGUCAGAUUACACUGGAAGCCUGGUUUCCACGAAACUAUACCGGAAGAUUUUUGAGCACGGGUAAUGGAGGUAUCUCCGGCUGUAUUCAAUACUAUGACCUGGCUUACACUGCAUCCUUGGGCUUUGCCACUGUCGGCGCUAAUAACGGUCAUAAUGGCACUUCGGGUGAAGCGUUCUACAAAAACCCGGAUGUUGUAGAAGACUUUGCUUGGAGGUCAGUGUAUACUGGGGUAGUCAUUGGCAAGGAGCUCACCAAACAAUUUUACGACGAAAGCUUCAAUAAAUCGUAUUAUCUGGGGUGUUCGACAGGAGGGCGACAAGGCUGGAAAAUGAUCCAGAGCUUUCCUGAUCUCUUCGAUGGAGUAUUAGCUGGCUCUCCGGCAUUCAAUUUUGUGAACUUGCUCUCAUGGAGCGGACGUUUCUAUCCGUUGACAGGACCGUCAAAUGCCUCCACAUUCGUGACACCAGCACAGUGGUCAGUAGUUGGCGAUCUAGUUCUUGAUCAAUGCGACGCUCUUGAUGGUGCCAAAGACGGCAUCAUAGAGGAUCCGGAUUUCUGCCAGCCUAAUGUCAAAAGCUUGCGCUGUGAUUCAAAUUCUACCAACUCGUCAAUAUGUCUAUCUAAUGCCCAGCUUCACACCGUUGAGUCAACGUAUCAACCCCUGCGUGGUGUACAUAAUGAAGCUCUUUAUCCUCGUAUGCAACCAGGCGUUGAAGCUGAAGCGGCUUAUAUUAUGUACGGCGGACAACCAUUUCCCUUUAGCACGGAUUGGUACCGUUAUGUAGUAUACAACAAUCCAGACUGGGACCCUCUCAGCUUCACUUCGAAAGAUGCAGAAGUCGCUUUGGCUCAGAAUCCCUUCGACAUCGAAACUUGGAACGGCAAUCUGGAACCGUUUCGUCAAGCUGGCGGCAAAGUUUUAACGUACCACGGAAUGGCCGACCCACUCAUCAGCUCUGAUACAUCCAAGUGGUACUAUGGUCGAGUAUCAGAGACGAUGGGCUUAGAUCCUUCUUCACUAGACGAAUUUUAUCGGUACUUCCGCAUUAGCGGAAUGGGCCAUUGUCAAGGCGGCACUGGAGCGACAGAGAUAGGCAAUGGGUUGGCUACAUUGACAAGUCUGUCUCCGGAGGACAAUGUGUUGAUGGCAUUGGUUCAAUGGGUGGAAGAUGGCAUUCCGCCAGAAUAUGUUAGAGGAAGCUCUGUAGCGACCAAUGGUUCUGUGGAGUGGACACGCAAACACUGCAAGUAUCCUAAGCACAACAUUUACUUUGGGCCUGGCGCAUACACCGACGAGAAUGCCUGGAAAUGUGUUGAGUAA